AUGCACCUCUUCCACAACCCGUUCAUAGCCGUCAGCACCUCCUCCCCAAUCGUGAUGACUGGCUCUCCAUUCUCUCCGUCCGGAAACUCUAAGCACAACCUCGACGCUAUGAACGCAUCGUCGACCACAUCCUCCGGGACCAAUCUGCCUCCUAGGUUACUCCCCGUCACCUUUUGUGCUCACGACACAGGAGCGUCCGGUGGUUCCCCCGGUGGUCUCCCCUUCUCACCUACGUCCUCCAUAUGCGCGUCUUGCACUCUCCCACUCAAAACUCUAGAAUCGCCCGACGUCGCCGUUCUCUCCAUUACGUCUCACACUUUCCGGUUAAUUGUUAUUGGGUUGAUUAGUUUCCUUUAG